GCCUUUAAAUCACAUCUUAAUUUACUGUUUUCUUCAUUUAUUCUGAGGCAGGACAACACAAUACAAGAAGGCAUGCACACCAAUAGCUUGCACGACAAAAAUAACUAGAUUUGAGGGACCAGUACCGACUUCAUCCUCAUCAUCAUCAUCGCGUGAAUCGUCUGCGAAUUUCUCAACAUGACAGCUUUCACUCUUUAACAAUGAUGCUUCGAAUAUACCCCCUCCCUCUCCACUACCACUCUACAUAAAAGCUUCUUCCACUCUCAUCUCUCGCUAUAAUCGUCAUGGGCAAUUGUCUCCGCACCAAUUACUCCUCCACAAACAAAGCCGCCGCCGUUCUACCGAUCGACACCGUUUUCAAGCUCCCUUCGCCGCUGCCAACUUGGCCACCAGGCGCAGGUUUCGCGACGGGAGAGAUCGAUCUCGGAGGCCUGCAAGUCCGGCAAGUGACGUCGUUUCACAGAAUCUGGACGGCCUACCAAGGCGGCCCCGACGGUUUAGGUGCGACCUUUCUAGAACCUUCCCCCAUACCAGAUGGAUUUUCCAUGCUUGGCAGCUACGCUCAGCCCAACAACCAACCGCUCUUCGGUUCCGUUUUGGUCGCAAAAACCGACGCGGCGGACCAAUCAGGUGAGAUUCUGAAGCAGCCAACUGAUUACACUCUCAUUUCGCCUGACGAUCCCAACUCGGCCCACUUCUGGCUCCCGACUCCGCCGGACGGCUUCAAAGCCGUCGGCCUCGUCGUCACGGCCUCGCCGGAGAAGCCGCCGCUCGACAGGAUCCGCUGCGUCCGCUCCGACUUCACCGACGACGCAGAGACGGAGACCUUGAUUUGGGGAAAUGCCAAUGGGAUUAACGUGUAUGGAUUAAGGCCAAAAACUAGAGGGACCAACGCCAAAUCACUAGGCAUAGGCACAUUUAUAGCCCAAAACAAUGGCGAUACAACCCUCGCAUUAUCUUGUUUAAUGAACAAGAACUCAGCUUCAUCCGCCAUGCCUAAUCAAGCCCAAAUCAAAGCUGUGUUUGGAUCAUACGCGCCGUACGUAUAUUUCCACCCUGAUGAAAUCUACCUCCCCUCCUCGGUGAACUGGUAUUUCAGCAACGGUGCCUUGCUGUACAAGAAAGGGGAGGAGUCGAACCCGGUCCGGGUCGAGCCGGACGGUUCGAACCUCCCGCAGGGGGGUUUGAACGACGGUUUGUACUGGCUCGACCUGCCGGUCGAGCCAGAAGAGGGGAGUAGGGUUAAGAAGGGGGAUUUGAGGAGCGCGGAGGCUUAUCUCCACGUGAAACCGGUUCUGGGCGGGUCGGGUACGGAUAUCCAGGUGUGGCUAUUCUACCCGUUCAACGGCCCGGCAACUGCGAAGGUGGGGAUGAUCGAGAAAAUCCCGUUGGGGAAAAUCGGCGGGCACGUGGGGGACUGGGAGCACGUGACGCUGCGGAUCAGCAACUUCGACGGGGCGCUGCGGAGAGUUUACUUCGCGGAGCACAGCGGGGGGCGGUGGGUGGAUUCAAGCGUGCUGGAAUUCGAGAGUGGCAACAGAUUUGCGGGAUACUCGUCGUUGAACGGGCACGCGACGUAUUCGAGGGCGGGGGUGGUUAUGCAGGGAGGGGGGGAUUUGGGGAUAAGGAAUGAUACGGCGAAGAGCGCGAUGGUGGUGGAUACGGGGGCGAGUUUCGCGGUGGUGGCGGCGGAGGAGGGGGCGGUGGAGCCGCCGUGGUUGAACUACUACAGGAAAUGGGGGCCCACGAGGAGUUAUGAUAUCGUGGAGGAAGUGGAUAAGGUGGUGAAAUUGCUGCCGGAGAGUGUGAAACAGCAGGUGGAGAAAUUGGUGAAGGCGUUGCCUACGGAAAUUUUUGGGGAGGAUGGGCCCACUGGGCCCAAGAUGAAAAAUAAUUGGGAUGGGGAUGAAAAAUGAUCGCCUAAUUGGGCCCCCAUGGUUUGCCAUUUCAUUCUCAAUUUAUCCAUUAUUUUUCAAUAAUGUUCUCAAUGAAACCACUGUUCUCUAUGAAAUUCGAUUGUAAAUCCCAAACUUGAAAGAAAAAAAAAAAAGGUUAUUGGUGUCAUUAGACAUUUCAUUUCACGAUAAGAAGCUGGUAAAUUAAAAGAGUUAUUGUAUUGAAAUUACUAAUCGAAAGUUUGACUGAAUAUUUUUCGAUAU